GAUACAGUCAGUCAUCUCCUGGUGCUGGGAACGCCUCGCAACAUGAGGACCAUUAUUUUAGUGUCAUUCGUGGCUGCGUUAAGCGUGGCAGCUGCUGCUCCUGACGGUUGCUGUGGUGGAAGCCAUGGAGGCGGAGGUCACGGAGGUGGAGGAUAUGGAGGAGGCGGUGGAGGAGGCGGUGGCCAUGGAGGCGGAGGAGGCAGAGGCGGCAGAGUGGUGAAAGCACAGCUGGUCGGAGUUGGCACUCUUCCCAGCACUGGAGGAGGAGGCGGUGGAGGCUCAGGAGGUUAUGGCUCCCACGGAGGUGGCUCUCGAGGCGGCCACGGCAGAUCCAGCGGUGCCAGCAUUGUCCGAGCUGAGUUGGUUGGAGUUGGCACUCUUCCCAGCACUGGUGGAGGAGGCGGUGGAGGCUCAGGAGGUUAUGGCUCCCACGGAGGUGGCUCUCGAGGCGGUCAUGGCAGAUCCAGUGGUGCCAGCAUUGUCCGAGCUGAGCUGGUUGGAGUUGGCACUCUUCCCAGCACUGGCGGAGGUGGUGGCGGAGGCUCAGGAGGUUAUGGCGCCGGAGGAGGUGGCUCUCGAGGCGGCCAUGGCAGAUCCAGCGGUGCCAGCGUUGUCCAGGCACAGCUGGUUGGUGUUGGCAGCCUUCCCUCAGGCGGGGGCGGCGGCCACGGUUCCAAUGCCAUUUCCACCGGUGGUGGAUACGGCGGUGGCAGUGGCUGGUAAAACGUUAUUCUCGUAGAGGAGUUUGCUUCCAAAGGCGGUACUAAAUACAUGAAUACCAUAUUGGUAUUCAGAUUGUUGAAUAAGAAUAAAAGAUCAGAAAUCUC